AUGCACCCCAAGAUGUUGAAGAGGACUCGGCAGAGGGAGAAGAAAAAGAAAAAGAGGAAGAAGGAGAGGAAGAAGAGGAGGAAGAAGAAGACAACAACAGGUCACAAAAUAGAGAAAGUGCAGCAGGCGGCCAGCAGAGAGGAGGACUGCCGCGCCGCAGUCAAUCUGCUGAAACGAGAAGAAGAGGGUGAUGAUGAUGAUGAGAGAACUGGUAACGUAACGCAUCGGACUGAGACAGGGGCAGGGAGUAUCGGCAGAGACAACAGUUCAAGAAGGACACAACAGCAGGAACAGGAUACAAGAGAGGCGUCACGUACACCCGCGGUUGACGCAGAGGAAGAAGAAGACGAAGAUAAAGACGAAGAAAAAGAACACGAAGAAAGAGACCGAAAAAGAGAAGAAGACGAAGAAGAAGAGGAAGAAGAACCAGACGAAGAAGAGGAGCAAGAACACGAACAAGAAGAAGAUGAAAAUAGACGAGAAGAAGGACCAGAAGAAGAACACGAAGAAGAACGAGAAGACGAAGAAUACGAAGAAGACGAGCAAGAAGAAGGCGAAGAAGAGGAAGAAGAAGAAGAGACGGGAAGGAAAAGACAAACGGAAAAAGGAAAGCAAAAAGAAGUUGAAAACGGAGAAGCAGAAGAAGAACAAGAGGAAGAGGAGGAACCAGAAGGACGCGGAGCAGAAGAAGACGAAGAAGAGGAGACCGGAAAAGAAGAAAAUAAACAAGAAAAAGAGGACAAAGAAAAACACCGAGAUGAAGAAGAACAAGAAAACGCAAAAGCCGAAGAAAAAGAAGAGGAAGAAAAGAGAGACAAAGAAGAAGAAAAAGAAAAGGAAAAACCAGAAGAAAGCGGUAUCAUGGGGAAUACAAGAAAUACAAUAGGCAGGCGGCAAAGAGGAAGACAACAGCGAGCCCGCAGCCGACGCCUUGCAUCGUUUGUUCCGGUUGUUGGUGAUAGUAUUAUGUUUUCAAGCAAUACACAGGAUCAAAGCUGCCUUAUGCAUAUUUUAUAA